AUGCAUUUUAUUGUGCAACUACUGCGUAGCGUAAACUCGCGGCGAAAAUCGAAUCGCACCCGUUCGCCCAAGCGUGACCCUCCCCUCGCCCUCGCUUUCAUUUCCCUAGGUCCCACGCUUCCGCUCUCUGUCGCCCGCGUCGUCGCCAUCGCUUCCGCAGCUCGUCGCGUUCGCGACCCCUGCCCGUCGCCUUCGCUCCGCCCGUCGCGUUCACUUCCCCCCCGUCGCCUUCACUCCCCCCCCCCCCCCUUCCCCCCCCUUCCGUCGCCUUCACUUCCCCCUCCCGUCGCCUUCACUUCCCCCUCCCCUCGCCUUCACUUCCCCCUCCCGUCGCCUUCAUUUCCCCCUCCCCGUCGCCUUCACUUCCCCUCCCGUCUCCUUCAUUUCCCCCUCCCGUCGCCUUCACUUCCCCUUCCCGUCGCCUUCACUUCCCCUUCCCGUCGCCUUCACUUCCCCUUCCCGUCGCCUUCACUUCCCCCUCUCGUCGCCUUCACUUCCCCCUCCCGUCGCCUUCACUUCCCCCUCCUGUCGCCUUCAAUUCCCCCUCCUCUCGCCUUCACUUCCCCCUCCCGUCGCCUUCACUUCCCCCUCCCGUCGCCUUCCCCUCCCCGUCGCCUUCACUUCCCCUCCCGUCUCCUUCAUUUCCCCCUCCCGUCGCCUUCACUUCCCCUUCCCGUCGCCUUCACUUCCCCCUCCCGUCGCCUUCACUUCCCCUUCCCGUCGCCUUCACUUCCCCCUCUCGUCGCCUUCACUUCCCCUUCCCGUCGCCUUCACUUCCCCCUCCCGUCGCCUUCACUUCCCCCUCCCGUCGCCUUCAUUUCCCCCUCCCCGUCGCCUUCACUUCCCCUCCCGUCUCCUUCAUUUCCCCCUCCCGUCGCCUUCACUUCCCCCUCCCGUCUCCUUCAUUUCCCCCUCCCCGUCGCCUUCACUUCCCCUCCCGUCUCCUUCAUUUCCCCCUCCCGUCACCUUCACUUCCCCUUCCCGUCGCCUUCACUUCCCCCUCUCGUCUCCUUCAUUUCCCCCUCCCGUCGCCUUCACUUCCCCUUCCCGUCGCCUUCACUCCCCCCUCCCGUCGCCUUCACUUCCCCUUCCCGUCGCCUUCACUUCCCCCUCUCGUCGCCUUCACUUCCCCCUCCAGUCGCCUUCACUUCCCCCUCCCGUCGCCUUCACUUCCCCUUCCCGUCGCCUUCACUUCCCCCUCCCGUCGCCUUCACUUCCCCUUCCCGUCGCCUUCACUUCCCCCUCUCGUCGCCUUCACUUCCCCCCUCCCGUCGCCUUCACUUCCCCCUCCCGUCGCCUUCACUUCCCCCUCCUGUCGCCUUCAUUUCCCCCUCCCCGUCGCCUUCAUUUCCCCCUCCCCGUCGCCUUCACUUCCCCCUCCCGUCACCUUCACCUCCCCCAUUUCCCCCCUUCACGCUCUCUUACCCCCUCUGCUCGCCCCUGUUUUCCCGGCUCACUCCAAUACUCACUCUCUCCCUCCCUGCUCACUCUCUUCCCCCCUGCUCACUCUCUUCCCCCCUGCUCACUUUCUUUCCCCCUGUUCUCAUCCCUCUUUCCCCCUUUCUCACCCAUUUCCCCCCUGCUCGCCCCAUGCUUACUGGCUAUCCCCUUUGCUCACCGCCUUCUCCACCCUGCUCUGCUCACUCUGUUCCCCGCUUCGCUCACUCCUCUGCCUAA